CAGCUGUCACAAACUGUCAGCUUGACACAGGAGUGCUCGGCCUGGCAUGCACACACAAAAUCAUAAUCACAAAUACGGAUAAAUCGUAGAGCAUAGAAGUGUUCUGGAAAUCACCUAAAGAGAAUAUAGAAGGAGCACGGCAAAGGGACCAGACUGCGUGACCGUGGAUACAGCAUCCGGUGGGCCUGAUGUUAGGAGGCUCGUCGUUUGAUUCGUCUAAACCGACUGCACAGAGCUCCUGUCACUUCCAGCAGGCGAAGAACCGAUUCACAGAAUUUCAAAACACACCACACAUAUAAUUGCUUCUGAGUGACCUGUACAAGUUUGGACAAAAGGUGGGACAGUAUUGACACUGUCUACACCACAUCAUGGAUCAGGAGGAUGACAAAAACUCUGUGGAUAUCCACGACAAUCCUCCAGCUCCUGACAAUGUAGUGAGAGAGGACGGAGACACUGUCUAUUUCAUAUAUGAGGAGGAGGUGGAGGUGGAGGAGAAGGAACCUGAACCUCCUCCAGAGCCUGUUUUGCGCAUUAAUGACAAGCCCCACAAGUUCAAAGACCACUACUGCAAGAAACCCAAGUUCUGUGAUGUCUGUGCUCGCAUGAUAGUGUUGAACAACAAAUUUGCUCUGAGGUGUAAAAACUGCAAGACCAAUAUCCACCAUUCGUGUCAGUCCUAUGUUGAGUUCCAGAGGUGCUUUGGCAAAAUUCCACCUGGCUUUAGAAGGGCCUACAGCUCCCCCCUGUAUGGCAGCGACCAACCAGACCCAAACAACCCGAACAGGAACGACCCCGUCUUCGACACCCUGAGGGUUGGUGUCAUCAUGGCAAAUAAGGAGCGUAAAAAGAAUGAAAAUGACAAGAAAAACAUGAUGAUGAUGAUGGAGGAGGAGGAAGAGGAAAACCAGCAGCCCAAAGAGAAUGAGGAGGGGGGAGAAGGAAAACCUGAUGAAAAAAAGGAGAAAGGAGGAGACAAAGCAGACGACAAGAGUAAAGGUACAUUCUCCCAGUCCCACUACUACCUGGCUCUCUACCGCUUCAAGGCCAUUGAGAAAGACGAUCUUGAUUUCCACCCCGGAGAUCGGAUCACAGUACUCGAUGACUCAAAUGAAGAGUGGUGGAGGGGAAAGAUGGGGGAGAAGACGGGAUACUUCCCCACCAAUUACCUCAUAAAAGUGCGUGCAUCAGAGCGAGUUUACAAGGUGACCCGCUCCUUUGUAGGGAACAGAGAGAUGGGACAAAUCACACUAAAGAAAGAUCAGAUUGUGGUGAAGAAAGGAGACGAGAAAGGUGGCUACUUGAAGGUCAGCACUGGACGCAAGCUGGGCUAUUUUCCCGCUGAUCUCCUGCAGGAGAUUACUGUGACAUAAACACGCUGAUACGCAAUAAACAGGCUGUAAUAAAUAUUGAUGAACAUCAGUACAAACUGAGAACAUCACUGCCGGGAAAUCCUUCCGAUUUUCUACAUUUCUUUCCUGAAAUCAAAAUUUGCUUAUAUUAUUGUGACCCUGACAGAAGAAAUGUAUUUGUUGUGAUGUGUUUGUGCCUUUGUCACAAAUGACUAUGUUCAAUGAUGAUGAAGUCUGUUUCGCUAAACCUUUGUCCAUAUAUUUGGACAACGCUUUAAGUUACUACCUACGGAUUCUAGUUAGCAUACUGUACGUCCUUGGGACAGAUGGUGUAAAUCUAGAGAGCCUUAGUAACAGCUAGAAAGACAUUCACUAGUUGAUUUAGGUUAUGGAAAUAUUUCUCCAUAUAUUUCUACUAUAUAUAUCUACUAAACAUUUCUCUAUCUCUGCAUCUCACAACAGAUUAGUUAAGUACAGCCAUAACAUAAACGUUGUGUGGUUGUAGAAGCAAAAAUACAAUAAAUUCAAAUGCACAAAAAAAACCCACAUUUAUAAUGGUUGUUAUUAUUGACCUGCAUUCCAAAACAAUGAAUUUAGAAUUUAUGCCUUUAUAGCUAUAAAAUCCCAGACAUUUAUUUAUCAAUUAAAACAAAUAUUAGAAUGGUAUUAUUCUAAAAAAUAAACAUCAUAUGGCUUUAUUUACAAUGUUUGCUGAUAACUGGCUGAAGUCCCAAGCAAUACAUGCAAUAAACAUGAAGUGACUGAAAAAAAA